AAACUUGCCAAAUGUGAUAAAAAAAAAAAGCUUAACAAUGAUAUAUGACGGUCAGCCAGGCUCUAUUGUGUCGUGUUGUGGUUUUAUGUCUUGUUUUUAAUUGGAAAUGGGUGGAGAUCACUACAAUGUGUUAUCCAAAUUAUCGGGAGGGUAUACGGUGACGAUAACAGUAGCAACAAGGACGGCAAUAGCGUAACGGAUGUGCUGUGUAAAAGACGCUGAAAAGGAGAUUCUCAUCGGCUAACUUGGAAUUAAAAUAUGCCGACAUUGAUUUCGUUUUUCCAGUUUUCGGCGUGAAUUGAAACGUCUAAAAUAUAUAAGAAGAUUUAAUAAAAUACUGAUAUUAAACCCGCAUCACAUAUACAGUGCCGCAUUUACCUCUUGACUCCUCUUAAAUAUGUCUAUCGAAAUAACAAACGAAGUGGAAUUGCAUGAUGAGGAACUACAAGAUGCUAACUAUCAGCCACCUCCAGAAAAGACAAUUGAAGAAAUAAUGGCCGCCGAUCAGGAAGAUGAGAGUUUGCGACGUUAUAAAGAAAUUUUAUUGGGUGCUGCGCAAGCUGAAAAGAUUGUUGUUGAUAUGAAUGAUCAGCGUAAAGUACUUGUUAAAAAAUUGGCCUUAGUUGUCGAUGGACGCAAAGAUAUGGAAUUAGAUUUAACUGGUGACUUAAGUCAACUUAAAAAACAGGUAUUCGUUAUUAAGGAAGGCGUACAAUAUAAAGUGCGUAUUGAUUUUAUUGUUCAAAGAGAAAUUGUGCACGGCCUUAAAUAUGUACAAAAGACUUAUCGAUUAGGCGUCCCUGACCUCAUUGUGGAUAAAAUGACACAUAUGGUGGGUUCUUAUCCUCCCAAAAAGGAAAUUCAAUGCUAUAUAACACCGAGUGAAGAGGCACCAUCCGGAUUAAUGGCACGCGGAACCUAUUCGGUAUCAUCGCUAUUUACUGACGAUGAUAAGCAUAUUCAUUUAAAGUGGGAUUGGACCUUCGAAAUAAAAAAAGAUUGGGAGUAAUAAACGAUUGGCUUCAUCAACAUAAAUAAAUUGAUUGUGGCAGCAAUACAAGAAAUUCUUACUACAAGUGAACAAAAUUAAGUACUAACAAUAGCAAUAACUAAUAAACUGUCAAUCACAAUGCAUUAAAUAACCGGACAUAUGUAAUAAUUCAGAAGAAAAAAAAAAAAAAAAAAAAAAAAAAAAAAAAAAAAAAAGAAAAGAAAACAAUAUUCAUCUAAAGAUUAACUCUUAGCGGUACCGUAACGAUAUAGCCAGUACGAAGAAAAGAUUGGCUUUUACCGGAAGUGCUAAAUGCAAAUAACAAAGAAAACUGAAAAGGAGAGAAAAAAUAAGAAUUAUAAACAAAAAUAAAAAUUGUAGAAUGAUUACGCAUGAAUGGAUAAAGUUAUAUUUUUUAAUAUAUAUUUUUAUAUAGAGAUGCGAACAUUCACAUGCAUAUAAAGUUUUUCAGUUCUUAUAUUUAGUAUUUAUGAAGAAACUUUGGGUAUUAAUAAUAAAAAUAUUAAUAGUAAUAAUAAUAAGAACAAUAUUAAUGAUACUAAUAAAAAUA